UCUCAAUCUCUGUGUAAGUUACGAUAAUGUAUUCCGGCGACGGCUCCUCCUUGGACCCCAUGUUUUCCGGCACCAGUCUACAGUCACUCCUCUCUCUCAACCCUUCCCUUUUCGCCGAUGGCUUCCCCACCUUGGCUUCUCUAACCGACGACCCUACCCUAAUCCCGCAAGCCGCAGAACCUCCAAAACUCCUUGUCCCUAAAACCGAACCCUCUCAACCUUUCAAAUUCUUCCCCCAAUACCAUCCCACCCCCUUCCUCCGCCUCCCGCAGCUCCGGUCCCCGGAGCAACCCCAGCCGAAACGGCAGCGUUUGGAGUCCCCGAUGAUCCCGCAGAGCAACCUGGCUCGGCAACGCAGACAAAAGCUGAGCGAGAAAACCCGGUGCCUGCAGAAACUGAUGCCGUGGGACAAGAAAAUGGACCAAGGCACGCUCCUUGAGGAAGCGUACAAGUACGUGAGGUUUCUUCAGGCGCAGUUCCGCGUGCUGCAGUCCAUGCCCUCCCAUUCAUCUUCUUCCGCUCCUUCCUUCCGCCAAAACUCAGCGGUAUUCGUGGAUCUCGAGAAACUUAAUCGCUCUCAGCUACUGCAGGUGCUGGUUAACUCACCCGUCGCACAGACCAUGCUCUAUUCUCAAGGUUUUUGUGUCUUCUCUUUUGAACAGUUAUCUCUCCUCAGAAAAUUAUCAGAUAGGAGGAACCAGCACCAUAAUCACCUUUCCUCCAAAUCUGUUUUCAACUAAUCUUAGCUUCUGCUUUCAUUUCUGAAUGCUUUCUUCUUCCCAUUAAGCUUAGUUUCAGCACACUGAUACCAUCAAUUAAGUGUUCAAUGUUUUCUGCCUCUUAUUACUGCUACUUUACAUCCAUAGUGUUUUACACAUUUUCCUCUCUCUUCAAUUUCUCAACUAUUUUACCUUCUCUUCUCUCACUUAUACACCUCAACAAUACCAUAUCUAUGC